AUGACGAGAAAGUGCCAGGAAAUAGGUUUUCAGCUGAAGGAACAUCCAAUUCAACAGGAGAUGGAAAUGUUGUGUCCACAACUAUCCUCAGGAGAUCUGCUUGAAGGGCAGGUCAAAAAAGUUGAGAAGCUCAUCUCAAAAGAGGGGAAUAGCCAGGCCAUUGAAAAACUCCAGACAGAACAUACCCACAGCCAACAACAGAUCAAGGACCUCGAGACGAAGUUGGAGGAAAUACAAGGCCAUCUUCUCUCAAAGUUAAAAGCUGUAGAAGCUAUUCAAGAAAAAAAUGCUUCCCUGCAGGAGGAAAUCACUUCUCUGAAAAAUACACUUGGAUAUGUUAAAGGAACCGAGCCAGCGCUCUAUCAGUUGCCCUCUGCUCCAAUCCACUUCCAGCAUAUCUCAGAGUCCAAAACCAGCAUCACCGCCAAGCCUUCAGAGAAAGUUGUAUUUUCACGGUUCACAGAGUCCACUUCAACAGUCACUCUGCUUCAUGGAAGAUCCUCAUCUAGGACAGUCCGAUUUCCUGUAUCUUCUCUUGUAACAGUAAACAAAUCUUUAGGUAAGUCCACAUUUGGCAACACUCUACCACAAAAACAAUACUUUCCCAGCUCUGACAGCAUUAACUUUAGCAACGAAGAACUUGGAAAGGGUCAGGACUAUACAAAAGCAUUAUUUGCUGGCACCAAGAAGAGCAGUGCUGAACUGAUGGAGAAAACAGCAUGGUCACAUUUUCCACCCGAAUACUACAGUUCGUCAUCAUCCAGUAGUGUUGGGAACCUUAAAAUUACUGAAGUUGAUUUAUGGGGCCAUUAUGUGAAGAUAAUUAAUAAUUCUCCUGAUAAAGAAGAAAGCAUUGGAGAUCAUAUUCUUCAGCAGAAUGUUCAUGGCCACCCAGCAGCCAUUUUUAAAUUCCCCCCAAACAUCCGAAUGAAGCCGAACUCCGUUGUGACAGUAUGGUCCAUGGAUUCUAAAAUGCAUCAUAAGCCUCCCACAGACUAUCUCUGGAAGGAGCUGGACAAGUUCCAAUCAGGCCCUGAGUGCACCACUAUUCUUUGCAAUCCUUCUGGACAGGCCGUGGCUUGGUACACACCCAUAAAUUGGAAGAGAAAGUCAUCAAAGGAGAUUGAAGCAGAUACUAGAGUUAGCAGUAAACCUGUGCACUCUGUUAGAGGAGCCCAACAGCCACAGGACCAGUGGGAAAUGAGGCCAUUUGAUAUAUGGCAAGGACUGCCUAGUCAAAGCUAUGUAGCAGACAGUGAACCAGAUUACAUCAUAAGGGAAAAAAAGAUGCCACCCAUCCUGCGGCCUGUUCAAAAUUCAUGGUGUCAAAGUCCAAAUUCUCCCACACAUCCCCAUUACUCUAUGGGAAGGUAUCUCCCACCAGGCAGCAAAGCAAGUCACAUGUUGAGCCAAACAAGGUCACAACCGGAGAAAUCUUUUCCUGAUCUUGAUAUUUUCCAUUCAGGAGAAAGCUGUAAGGUAAAGUCAGCCACAGCAGGUAGGAACAGGAAAAGCCGAAUAAAGCCACCUCGAUCAGCUGGGCCUAAUUUAGGUGGAGUGAUUUAUAUAGGUCCGGCUGCCCCCAUCGGUUCUCCUUUGUGGAAGUAUUUUGCCCAUUCAUCUUCCCAUUUCAAGCUCCUGACUCAGGCAUCUCUGACUCCCAUUACCUUCCUCUAG